UUUGGAGCACUUCAUUCGCUACCAAUUAACCGACUUUCAUUCAUCUCCAUCUCCUGCUAGAGAAGGAUCCCACUACCAUGGAUUUGACUACAUUCCAGUACUGGUCUUCACUGCUUUUCAUCUCGGUAGUAGGCAUUGUUGUGUUUCCUGCAAUGGUGGCUUCAAUUGGGGUAAACUACGGCCAAAUAGCCAACAAUCUGCCGUUACCACAGAACAUAGUGCCGCUUGUCAAAUCAAUUGGAGCCACAAAGGUAAAACUAUACAACGCAGAUCCACGGGUGCUCAAAGCAUGCAUUUGCCAACACCGGCGUGAAAUUCAUAGUGGGUCUGGGGAACAAGUACUUGGCGAAGAUGAAGGACCCGGACAAGGCCCGAGCUUGGGUCAAGACCAACGUCCAGGCCUUUCUCCCCACGACUAAAAUCACCGCCAUCUUUGUCGGCAACGAAGUCCUCACUUUCAACGAUAGUUCCCGUGCCCUCACGGGAAACCUCCUUCCGGCGAUGCGGAACGUGCACACUGCGCUUGUGAACCUGGGUUUGGACAAGCAAGUGAGCGUGACCACCGCACACUCGUUGGCCAUUCUGCAGACCUCGAACCCACCAUCCGCCGGAGCUUUUCGCCGG